UUUAAAUUUAAUACCAUCCAUUACAGUGACCUACUUGUAACCUACUGUAAAGCAGAGCGACAUCCACUUACCCACUAUUUUUAAAUGAAAUUUGGUAAUAAUGGAGAUGUAGAUCUGGGAGAAUUAACAUGCUCAUUAAAAUCGGAAGAGUUUAAGAUCGGCCAUAUUAUUAUUUAAUAAGUAAUACCGGGACUGAAAACAAAACAAAUUUUGCGGUUUCGGUUUUUUGUUUUUAAGCCCGGGUUUGCUCACCAGUUUUAAUAACCAUAGCAAAAGUCUUAGGUUUUGGUUCUGGUUAUGAACUAUUAAGGUUUUGGUUAACCACUCACAUACUGUUUUUUUAUAAAUAAAACAAGUACUGGCUUAAAGACCGGGUCACGUCAAUAAACUCUGAUCGAUCAUAAUAGAAUAGCAUGGAAACCAAAUAAUUGUAUGAAAAACAAUAAAUUACGUCUUAAACAAAUAUUGUUUACUGAAAAUAGUAAAGUCUUUACAAAUCAGCGGAAAAAUGGAGAAUUAUAAUCCUUAUUCGUGCAAUGUAUGCGACAAAUCGUUCAGUAAAUGUAGCAGUUUGACAACACACCGGCGCACGCACACCGGCGAAAAACCGUACCCUUGCGAUGUCUGUGAUAAAUCGUUCAGUCAAAGCGGCAGUCUAAAGAGACAUCGACGCACGCACACUGGCGAAAAACCGUACGCUUGUGAUGUAUGUGACAAAUCGUUCGGUCAAAGCAGCAGUUUGACGGAACAUCGGCGCACGCACACUGGCGAAAAACCGUACGCUUGUGACGUAUGUGACAAAUCGUUCGGUCAAAGCAGCAGUUUGACGAAGCAUCGGCGCACGCACACCGGAGAUAAGCCGUACGCGUGUGAUUCGUGUGACAAGUCGUACGGCGAGAGCGGCAGUCUGACAAGACAUCGGCGCACGCACACCGGCGAAAGACCGUACGCGUGUGAUUUGUGCGACGAGUCGUUCAUUGAAUGUGGUCAUUUGACGACACACCGACGCACGCACACUAACGAAAGACCGUACGCUUGCGAUGUAUGUGACAGGUCGUUCGGCCAAAGUAGCAGCUUGACGAAGCAUCGGCGCACGCACACCGGCGAUAAGCCGUACGCGUGUGAUUCGUGUGACAAGUCGUUCGGCGAGAGCGGCAGUCUGACAAGACAUCGGCGCACGCACACCGGCGAAAAAUCAAAAGUGGGUCUUGGCGUACAACGUGUCGUAAUCUGUAUUGAUCAAAUAUGCAGCGUGAUCCAAGGAACGUAA